AUGGACCUACGGAAUACGUUGGAACCCUUUGCUCUUCAAUCUUGUUUGUUUCAAUUCGAACACCCGGGGUUUGGCCUAAAACGUGUUCUACAAGUCAAAGACAAGCAUUUCUAUAACCUGAAUGGCAAUGAUGAAGAGCUCCGUCGUGGGGAGAUUAUGAUUUGCCUGCUGGAAGAGAUAUCCGGACAAUUGAGGCGACCUCGAUACUUCACGCAUAUGAUUGCGCCAGGUCCUCAGCAUGCUCGGGUCAUCAAGGCAUACUUUGAUGGUAAUAACAUUGUUAUGCGUCCUACGAAACUGUACGAUCUCCGCCAUAAAGACUCAGAAGCUCUGACAACGCUUACUCAAUGGUAG